CACGCCGUCGUGGUGGACGGUAACGAGAAUUACAUCCUGUCCCAGCUGCCAGGCACGUCCCCGGACCUUCAGGACAGGUUGGAGAACCAGGACUGAACCACUCUGGUCUGGGAGGAGCGUUAAAAACUGCUUCUGCUGCAUUUCUGCUUGUUUUCUUUCAAAGUGAAACUGCGAGACGGAAGAAGACCGAGGUGACUUGGUUUUAAUAACACUGUCACAGUCUGUCAGGAGAAGUCAUUAAAGGUGUGUCUGUGCCUCCGGGUGUAAGCAGACAUCAUGGAGGAUGAACUGAUGUUCAGCAUGGAGGAGGUGGGCAGUGCUAGAAAGCCCCCCACCCAACGAAGCGCCCCCAACCAGCGGACAUCCUCUCUCAGUGAUGCCAACGCUAGCGAUGACGACGAUGACGAUAGCUUCAUCUGCUCCAUCUUGGACGACUCCGCAAAAGACAUCUGUCACUACAUGAAAAAUCUGGUUUACAGCCGCCAGCUUUCAAACUCUCUUCCCAAGAGCAACUUUACAUACAGGAAUGAUACAGAAACAGAACAAGUGGCAGAACCUCGAUCGUACAAGUACACGGUUUUGUCUGAGACUGCACGGGAGACAUGGAAAAAAGCUGUUCAAAAGGCCAAAGCCAUGCCCGACCCCUGGGCAGAGUUUCAUCUGGAGACGAUAGAGACUGAACCAUGUACACGCUACAGGUACAAUGCCAUCACAGGAGAAUGGGCUCAAGACCAGAUCCAUAUCAAGAUGGCUUCUCAGCCGUUCGGGAAAGGGGCCAUGAGAGAGUGCUUCAGAACGAAGAAGUUGUCUAAUUUCUCACACAGCAGCAACUGGAAGUCGGCGUCAAAUUAUGUGGCCAAGCGUUACAUGGAGACGGUGGACAGAGACGUUUACCUAGAAGAUGUCAGGCUGCAGAUGGAGGCCAAACUCUGGGGAGAGGAGUACAACCGUCACAAGCCUCCUAAACAGGUGGACAUCAUGCAGAUGUGUGUGGUGGAGAUGACGAACCGGCCAGGUAAACCUUUCUUCCACCUGGAACAUUUCAUCGAGGGCAAGUACAUCAAAUACAACUCCAACUCCGGCUUUGUGAAAGACGACAACAUUAGGCUCACUCCACAGGCCUUUAGUCACUUUAGCUUUGAGCGGUCAGGACACCAGCUGAUUGUGGUGGACAUCCAGGGGGUCGGAGACCUCUACACUGACCCUCAGAUCCACACCGAGAAGGGCACUGACUUUGGAGAUGGAAAUCUGGGGGUGCGAGGCAUGGCACUGUUCUUCCACUCUCAUCUGUGUAACAAGAUCUGCAAGAGUAUGGGUCUGACGCCUUUUGACCUGUCCCACCCAGAGAAAUCCCAGCUGGACUGCACCAACAAACUGCUUAAAUCAGCUCAGACAGUGCUGAGGGGACAGGAGGAGGUUUGCGGUUCUCCUCGAGUACGCACCAUAUCAGGAAGCCGAGUGCCUCCGAUGCUAUCCCGCCUGUCUGAAACUUCAUCUGCAGAUGACAACAUGAGCGACGCAGACUCCAUCCCCUGCUCGCCUCUCACGUUCCCCUACUCCCCCAUAGCUGCACAUGGAUCUAUGGGCAAGUCCCCCUUUGGCUCAUCUUAUACUGGAAGUUAUGAAAAUGAAAGACUUAACAAUAACAACAUAGGUGACCACAAGGAAACGGAUAGCGGUGGGGACAGCGGAUACCCAAGCGAGAGGAGGAGUGAAGGGGAUGUGAAUGACCAAGUGGACGGGAUAAAGAUGGUAGUUCCUCCAAGAGUCUCCGCAGACUUAUAUUCUGUCACUCCUGACCACGAAUGGCUGACAGAAGAGAAGUGGAGCUUCUACCAUUCAUCUCGCGCUCACGUCCACCGACCUUCCUGUGUGGCCACUGAGGUGGAACGACUCAAUUCUCUGCUCCAGAAGAAGAUCGGCCAGUCGGUCCUCGGAAAGGUCCAUCUGGCGAUGGUGCGGUACCAUGAAGCGGGCCGUUUCUGUGAGAAGAAUGAGCAGUGGGAUCAGAAGUCAGCCAUGUUUCACUUGGAGACAGCAGCUCAGUGUGGAGAGCUGGAGGCCAUCGUAGCCAUGGGACAGUGCUGUCUGCAGCUGCCCCAUCAUAUCCUGCCAGACAUGGAGUUGGAGGAUUGUGCAGGAAACAGGAUGAAAGGUUUCAAGUAUCUGCUACAGGCUGCUGAAGCUGGUGACAGAUCUUCUAUGACCACAGUGGCCAAAGCCUUUGAUAGUGGAUUAAAUCUGCCUGUUGACAGGAAGCAGGACUGGGAAGAGGCGAUACACUGGUAUGACAGAGUGUUGAACAUGACAGACUAUGACGAGGGGGGAGAGUUCGAUGGGACGCAGGACGAGCCUCGCUACCUGCUGCUGGCCAGAGAGGCAGAGAUGUACCAAGAGGGAGGCUACAACCUCACUGCAGACCCUCAGAGAUCAGGUGACCUGUUUACAGAGGCAGCGGAAGCUGCCAUGGCGUCCAUGAAAGGCCGGUUGGCUAACAAGUACUUCAUGAAAGCUGAAGAAGCCUGGGCGCUAAUGGAGGAGUAAUUCUGAAAAGUCA